UCUCUUCAAAGCAGAGGAAAGUCGGGGGCUCAUGUGUCAACAUCCAGGGUUUCCCCGGGGAGGUGUAACGUUAACGUUAUUCCAAAAAAACCUGAUGUUCCUUUGAAGACCUUUUUUAUUUUUUGUUAGCCGAUUAAUCCUCGGAAGCAGCGGUUCUUUUACCGACUGUAAAGAUAAGAAGACGAUCUUCGGCUCCCGCUGCUUUGACGUUAGCUAACGUUAUUUUAAACGAUGACAGAGUACAAAGUGCGAAUAGCGUCUCCAAUCAUUUAAUAAUAUCUGGGGACCUGUUAGCUUAGCCAGCUAGCCCUGUGUUUCGAUAAGACCAAAGGGAAAAAGGCGAAACACACUGCUGACAUGAUGUUUCCUCAAUCAAGGCACUCGGCAUCCUCUCAGUCCGGUCAACCUCUCAAGUUCACCACUUCCGACUCCUGCGACCGCAUCAAGGAUGAGUUCCAGUUCCUCCAAGCACAGUACCACAGUUUGAAGUUGGAGUGUGAUAAACUGGCUUCUGAAAAGUCAGAGAUGCAGCGUCACUAUAUAAUGUACUAUGAAAUGUCCUACGGUCUGAACAUUGAAAUGCACAAACAGGCUGAAAUAGUCAAGAGACUGAAUGGAAUCUGUGCUCAGGUGCUGCCUUACCUGUCACAAGAGCAUCAACAGCAAGUCAUGGGCGCCAUCGAUAGAGCCAAGCAAGUCACACCCCCUGAGAUGAACUCCAUUAUACGGCAACAGCUCCAGGUGCAGCACCUGUCCCAGCUCCAGGGCCUGGCCUUACCUGUGGCCCCGCUGCCCCUGGGCCUCACCCCCCCCUCCCUGCCCGCUGUCUCCUCCAGCUCCGGCCUGCUCUCCCUCUCCUCCAUCCUGGCCAACUACUCCCACGGCCAGGCCCAGGCGGUGAAGGAGGACAAGGCCCGGGAAGCUGCAGAGAGAGCGAGCCGAGGGGAGGACGGGGACAAGUCAGACUAGUGCCGACGCCGCGAGGAGGUUUGGAGGGGGCUCUUGUGGGGUGAAGUGUCUACAAAAUAAAUUUAAAAAAAAACAAAAAUGAAAGGUAAAACUGUAACUGUAAAUGGAGAUUGAUGUAAGUCUGGCUGCUGAGUGUUGAUGUAGAAGAGUCACUGCAGGGAUGAUGACGAGCAGAGAGGACAGAUUUUUGGAUGUGCAGAGAACGGAAACUGCUGAAUGGCUGAGAGUGAGAGUUAAAUGUUCUUAUAAUUUAGUGGUAAUAGACUCAGUUCAGGCUUCUAGACUUUAAAUAGAUGCUUUUUUAAAUGUGAGCCACUGUUAUGAGGCUUAACCAAGGUUAAUGUUUUCCCAUUUGGAGUGAGAGCUGAGGAUGAAAGCUAACAGCAGUGUCCCUUACACAGAUCUGCCUCUCACUGGUUUAUAUUUCUUGACUCUUUUUGUUAUCAGAUCCGGUGUUUUUUGUUCAUAUCCUCCGCUGUCCCUUAGAUUUCUUACUGGGCCGUUCUCCAGUCACAGUAAGCAGUUUAACACCAUCUCAGUUGCCUCUAUCGCUGUCCCUUCACUCAUAACGUACAGCUCCAUUUCCCUUUUUCCCAAAAGAUAAAAAUGUCUGGAGCUGUGUGCAGUCAUACCAUUCAUUCAUGUACUUGGAGCCAAAUUGAAUCUUGGUCUAAUGUGUAAUGGGAUGUUUUCAAAGGGACAUUUGCAUUCAAACCCUUCAAGCAUUAACGACCUGAAUUGCAUUUUCAUACGACCAACCACUGGAUGCAUUACCUUAGCUCUGUACCUCAAUUUUAUUCCAUUAAAGUUUGUGUGUCAUAGGCCUAGCUGCUGCUGCUGCGCACGCUACAUGGCACGGACCAUGACUUAAACUACAAGGAUUAAAGUUCUGAAAAAAACUUUAUUUUGACUUGUGGUUUUCGUGAAGUUAAAGACAGGCUAAUUAGAAAGUGUGUCUGUGUGUGCUUGAGUGAAUGUGAUUGGAAAGAAGAAAACAUUUGUUAAAUUUAACUUAGUUUUUUUCUUAAAGCACCUUUUGUAUUUUCCUCACACUACCCCCCCCCCCACCCCCCCUGCUCCUGCCCCUCCUUCGUGCUGGUCCACUCUUAAACGGACCAAGACAAACUUGAGCAGGAUCUAAACUUCAGAACCAGAGAGUCGUGAAAAACUUUACGAGUACUGUACUUCUGUAAGUUAGAAGAGCACCCCAGUUCAGACUGAGACUGUAUCAAGCACCUGUCUUUUCCUGUCUUGUUUAACUUGUGUGUGAUUGUCAGGGGAACAUCCUCCUCCCUUUUUUUUUUUUUUAAUUUUUGCAUUGUUUUAAUGAAGAAUGUGUCCGGGGUGAGUUUGCUAAAGCUCUGUAAGCAACUCAAACAAGCGUUCCCUCUGAAAACAGCGUAUUAAAUGAGAUUUUCACAGUCAGAAUUUGUCCUGGUAACCAACUUAUUGUUCCUGUUGCAAAAUAACUCAAGCUGGAUUUACAUCAAGAGCAUUUUCCCAAAUCCAUACUACAUGCAUAUUCUAUAAAGUACACUGAGAUUGAGUAUACAGAUUUUUCUUAAAUACAGCCUCUAAUAUGACUAGUCUGCCAUGUUGUGUUGACUUAGGACUGGUACCAAUCAAAUUACAUACCAACAUUUAUUAAGUUACAAUGGAAACCACACCACAAAGACCCCACAAUAUAAAGAUUAGGCCACACUUAAAUAUAUAUAUGGUCCAACAAUUGCAACUCUAUCGAUGCCAGUGAUGGGAGACUGACGGUAACGCCCAUGUGAUGAGUAGCACCAUGGUGCUGUCCAAUAGUGUAACUGUCUCUUGUGAAGUGAAACAGCCUGACAGAAUGUUUCGUAGCAGUCGUAAAAACAGCUGGUGUAACUCUUAUUGCUGAGCGUUCUUUUUAUUUCCUUUCUAACUUUCUUGAACAUAGGGCUUACUUUAUAAAAAGAAAGAAGAUGAUGCCGCCCCACAAUUCCUGGCGUCAACUUUUAAAGCAUUGCACGUUGAUAACAUCUACCAUUACUAAUUACGUGUCCUUGCACAGUUGGUUUAUCAUAGCAACACAGUCAUUCAAAUAAGUUAACUGAUAAGUCUACUGAUUUAUUCAUUUUUAUAGCGCUCGUAUGGACUCGUAUCCCCCACAAUGCACUGCACAAAAGAAAUGCAGGAGCUUCUGCCCACAGCUGGAGGCAUGUAAUCUAUUGGCAAUAAGAGAGCUCCAAUUACAUCUCAGAAAACAAGAUCAAAUCGUAAGAUAAAAUAAGAUGUACCUUUAUUAAUCCCUAUGGGGGAAAUUCAGGAGUUAAAGCAGCAACAGAAUAAGUUUGGUUUCACACCUGAUAAUAAAAGGAACAUUAAAGUGACGUCCAGGUAAGUAUCUGUUAAAACAAAAAACUGAAUUAAUUUCUGUAUCUGGAUUGUUGAAUAUAUUUACAUGGAUUGAUACAGGUAUAAGUCAAAGCGAUUAGGUGUAUUGAAUGUUGUGUACUAACUGCAACACAAUCUAACAGAUAUUGUUUGAAGUAUGGAAUUGGGACAGCUGAGGUUUUGAGGAAUGGUCAUUUUUCAGAUUGAAUGCAGCAGAGGGCAGCAGUGCUCUCUCAUUGAUCAUCAGCGUAAUGAGGGUGCAUUCAGAGGACAGAUGUUUUAAAGAGGUCUGUCUGCUGGUCACGCUGUUUCUCUUUAUUGCCUGACUGUGGGACGAGCUGUUAUUCUCCUGUAACGCUUCCAGAGCUUUGACACCUCACCCUUUGCCGUCUGAGCACGUCUGGGGUUCGGGGCUUAAACUUUUCUCCUGUAUUUUAUUUUGAAAUGCAGUCAAGUUGUGGCUCUUUAUUUUUCUCCUUCCUGUCUGUGCUUGUGUUGGGGAACUGACGACUUUCCCUCCCUGGAGAUUUGACCUUAACAUAUGGAGUGCGACAACACAUCAGUUGCCCCCACUAAGUUGACGUCAGUCUCUUGUAGAAAACCUCCUUUGGCAAAACUCAGACAUAUGAAUGGUAUGUGUGUUUGUUUUUGCUGUGAAGGGCCAAUUUGUAUACAUAUGAAUAUAUCAAUAUACAUAUUUUUUAAAGCAUUUUUGUAUGUUUCAAAGCUGCUUUUUAACGUGUGUGUAUCAUGGAAGACUUUGGUGUUGUAUGUGUGCAUUACAAGCCUACAGUUAAAGAGAGGCACAAUGUUGUAUACCAUGUCGUUUUUCCUGCUUUCUCUCCCCCUGUUCUCUCAGUAGGCAGUAACACUUAACAUUGUUUUCUAGGUUUGUAAAUGUAUCUCUUUUUCUUUUGUGCAAACGAAAAAAACAGUUUAACGUGUAAAUGAACACGGUCUCAUUUUAAGAUACCUGGGGCAACAAAAAAAAAAAUGACAAAGAUGUAAACAAGCAACUGUGUACUCUAAUGAGAAUGAAUCAACCUUUUAGCAGUAAGGAAGCUUCUCUGGUGCCUUACAAAUAAAAGACGUGAUUGAGAGUG